UGCUUGGAUCGUGAAACUGAAAUAGAUUGGUAGCUAGUUGGUGAGGCUUUUUGAUUUAUUUGCCAGUUAAUUAACCUGAAGCUGGAAUUCCCAAGUUGUUCGGUGCUUACCGCUCAUGCCGGCGAGCAAGCGAAACAGACGGCUCGGCAGCGCAUCAAGUGUGACGUUACACAUCUGCCCCUAAACUCAUAAAUAUGAAUGGCUUUGUCCUCCGGCUGUCCUACGAAAGGAAAUUUCCCAUAAGGGACGCUAGUUGCAUGGAGGAUUUAGCAACGGUAACAACCACCGGGGUAACAAGCGAGCACGCUCAUUUUUUUCAACACAUAUUAAGGACAAUAGACGAAGUAUGUUUCUGAACGCUGCACCAGGCUUCAUUGUUGACAUUAUGACUGAGCGUCGAAGAUUACCGUUCGAUUUGAGCGGGGCACGCCUCCCGCAGACGGCUUCGUCCGUCACCUUUACGGGCCAUGGCCCGGUUUAACCCGGGGCAGCUUAAUCGAAUUCCCUCGUUGAAACCAUGUGUACAUAUUGCAUUGGUUCCGAAUGCUUAAGAAGACACUACAUACUACUGCUGUGUGUGGUAGUAGUGGGGUGUACUGUGGCUGUCAUAAGUCUGUUUGCCCAGAAAAACGAUCAAAUUGCACAGAGGCCGCAGUCAAAUAUUGAAACCUCUGCGGCAGAGAGGGAAGAGAUGAAGUCUCUGAAAUCAGAGGACUACAGCGUUCUUCUAAAUAUGAUUUUAAAGCAGGAAGGGUGGAGGUAUAUCAACUCCAGUUUGUACUACAUCUCUACUGAGACCAAGUCCUGGGGUGAGAGCAGACCUUACUGCCAACGGAAGGGAUUGGACCUGGUGACCAUAAACAGCAAAGACGAAGAGGACUUUCUCCUUGAAGUGGUCCGUGCUAAGAAGUUGGAUGUAGCCUGGAUUGGUUUUUCUCCCAACAACACACAGGAGAUAUCUACACGGGUGAAGAGAGGUGCGGGGUCAGAAGACGGUGCUCAGGAAGAGGACUGUGCUAAGCUUACGGUAUACGAGACACCUGCAGUGAAAGAAGUAACCGGGAGACAAUGUGGGACACAAAAAUACUGUAUUUGUGAAAAAUACCUGGAUGUCAAAUACAAUGUAAGCAAGAGAAACCGUUAACUUGUUCUUCUGAAAGGAUUCGACUUUUUAAAAUGGAGGGAACAACUGCUAGCUUCAACUUCUUUUUAAUGGAGGGAACAACUGCUAGCUUCAACUUCUUUUUAAUGGAGGGAACAACUACUAGCUUCAAUGUUUCUUUUUAAUGGAGGGAACAACUGCUAGCUUCAACUCUUCUUUUUAAUGGAGGGAACAACUACUAGCUUCAAUGUUUCUUUUUAAUGGAGGGAACAACUGCUAGCUUCAACUCUUCUUUUUAAUGGAGGGAACAACUGCUAGCUUCAACUCUUCUUUUUAAUGGAGGGAACAACUACUAGCUUCAAUGUUUCUUUUUAAUGGAGGGAACAACUGCUAGCUUCAACUCUUCUUUUUAAUGGAGGGAACAACUGCUAGCUUCAACUCUUCUUUUUAAUGGAGGGAACAACUGCUAGCUUCAACUCUUCUUUUUAAUGGAGGGAACAACUACUAGCUUCAAUGUUUCUUUUUAAAUGGAGGGAACAACUGCUAGCUUCAACUCUUCUUUUUAAAUGGAGGGAACAACUGCUAGCUUCAACUCUUCUUUUUAAAAAUGGAGGGAACAACUGCAUUUUCCAAGAAGCAACUGUUAGUCAUUCCAGUUAGGUUGGUGAGGGUUUUUUACCCUGAAAUACACAUCUGCACCGAAUAUUAAGACAAGUUAAAAGGGUAGUUUUCUGUGGUAGGGAAAACCCCCCCUGCAUUGUUCCAAUACGCAAAAGCACUUUCAGUCAAUAAGCUUUCAAUUUUAUCCAGACAGUUUUCAACUGAAGUCAAUGGGCAGAUUGAUAAAAACAUUUUUUAUUAUUAUUUGUUUUAAAGUAAACAUAAAUAUUUCACAUUAAUUUCACGUAAAAACAACAUUUAGUAAAACAUUGUGUUUAGACGGGGGGCUGAUACAGCAGGGUAGGAACACACACCGUACACACACACACACACACACACACACACACACACACACACACA